AAGCAAAUUUGAGUUAGUAAUCAUCUCGAUCUAUUAUCUCCUGUGUAUUUGUCUAUAACAAAUUAAGACUUACAGAUUAAUAUGGACAACUCCCAAAGAGCUUCUCAUCAAGCUGGCCAGGCCAAGGGCCAAGCUCAGGAAAAGGCCAGCAACUUGAUGGACUCUGCUAGCAAUGCUGCCCAAUCUGCCAAGGAAUCAGCCCAAAAUGCUGGUCAGCAAAUGCAGCAAAAGGCUCAGGGAGCUGCUGAUUCAGUUAGGGAUGCAAUGGGAGGCAACAAAUGAAGCUGAUCGAUGAAGAAUGUCGAUCAUCAUUAGCCUUAUUCUUUUGUUUCCUACAUAUUUAGCCUCCACCUUUGUUUUUGUUCCACACAUUUUUAUCGUUGUGCGUUGAGUUUUGCUUUUGAGGUUUUACCUUUCUUCUGAUCUUGCAAGAAGAAAGUUUCCACAUUGUUAUCACUUGCUAUUCAAUAAUUCCAAGGGCAUUUCAUUUUUCCUCC